AGGGAGGAGGGAUGGGAGUCAGGCUCCUGGGUCUCUGGCCUGGGGAGGGUUCUGGGGACCGGACGUUGGGGUUCUUAGAAGGGGAGAUGAGGACCUUUCGCUGUAACUGGGGCUCACGCAGGAAGCCCGUGGGAGUAGGAGGCGGAAACCUAGCCACAUCAAGGGGCCGAGGCAGGGGCGGGGAGGUGGAGGGGCGGACGAGGAAGGGCCUGGGGUGUGGGGGUCUGAGACUUGCUCUUCUGUCCCUUCCAAGAUCCAGCCACAGGCAUGAGGGGCCCCCGGCCGAGAUGAUAGUGCUGGCGCCAGCCUGGAGCCCAACUAGCUCCCUGCUGCUGCUGCUGCUGCUCAGCCCCGGCCUCCGCGGGACCCCCGACUGUUCCUUCAGCCACAGCCCCAUCUCCUCCACCUUCACUGCCACCAUCCGCAAGCUGUCCGACUACCUGCUUCAAGAUUACCCAGUCACGGUCGCCUCCAACCUGCAAGACGACGAGCUCUGUGGGGCGUUCUGGCGCCUAGUCCUGGCCCAGCGCUGGAUGGGACGGCUCAAGACCGUGGCUGGGUCCAAGAUGCAAAACCUUCUGGAGGAUGUCAACACCGAGAUACUCUUUGUCACCUUAUGUGCCUUCCAGCCCCUCCCCAGCUGUCUUCGCUUCGUCCAGACCAACAUCUCCCACCUCCUGCAGGACACCUCACAGCAGCUGCUGGCCCUGAAACCCUGGAUCACCCGCCGGAAUUUCUCCCGGUGCCUGGAGCUGCAGUGUCAGCCGGACUCCUCCACCCUGCUGCCCCCGAGGAGUCCCGGGGCCUUGGGGGCCACAGCCCUGCCGGCCCGUCAGGCCCCUCUGCUGCUCCUUUUGCUGCUCCUGCUGCCCGUGGCCCUCCUGCUGCUGGCCGCUGCCUGGCGCCUGCACUGGGGAAGGAGGAGGCGGAGGACGCCCCGCCGCGGGGAGCGGAGGAGGACACAGAGGCCCAGAGAGAGCAGUCACCUGCCAGAGGACACAGAGCCGGAGCUCGGCGGAAGUCAGCUAGAGACUGGUCCCUUCCCCAGCCGUGCUGCCCCUCUCUCUCGCUCUCCAGGAUGGAGGCAACACCAGCAUCCAGUCCCGGCCCCAGCCCCACCUGCCCCUCUCUGUACAAAGCCCUCAUCCCCGGGAAAUUGUAUAUAAAUCAACUUUUUCUACCAA